GACCCAAGAGCACCAAGCGCUCGUUCCCUCCCUCCAUCCCUCCCUCCCUCCCUUCCUCCAUCAGUCCGUCCGUCCGGGCAGUUAGCAUGCUCUGAUGCAGUGAGGAGCAGCACGGAUAGCGUCUUCUCUCCGCCACGCUCAUCAGCACAGCCGAGGGAGAUUCGAGGCAUUUCGGACACGUUCUGACCAGGGGCCUUGGUGUCGUCGCUGUGCACACAGAGACUUGUCGCCAUGGGAAAACAGAACAGCAAGCUCAGGCCCGAGAUGCUACAAGACCUGAGGGAGAACACUGAGUUUUCUGACCACGAGCUGCAAGAGUGGUAUAAGGGGUUCCUCAAAGACUGCCCAAGUGGCCACCUGGAUGUGGAGGAAUUUAAGAAGAUCUAUGCCAACUUCUUCCCUUACGGUGACGCCUCUAAGUUUGCUGAACAUGUCUUCCGCACGUUUGACACCAACAAUGAUGGCACCAUCGACUUCCGGGAGUUCAUCAUUGCUCUAAGUGUGACAUCACGGGGGAAGCUGGAUCAGAAGCUCAAAUGGGCCUUCAGCAUGUACGACCUGGACGGCAACGGCUACAUCAGCCGUGAGGAGAUGCUCGAGAUUGUGCAGGCCAUCUAUAAGAUGGUGUCAUCGGUGAUGAAAAUGCCCGAGGAUGAGUCCACACCAGAGAAGAGGACGGAUAAGAUCUUCAGACAAAUGGACUUGAACAAUGAUGGUAAGCUCUCCUUGGAGGAGUUCAUAAAAGGUGCCAAAAGUGACCCCUCCAUCGUGCGGCUACUGCAGUGUGACCCCAGCAGUGCCUCGCAGUUCUGAGUCUGCCCGAAGAGCAGACGCUCAAUGCAUGAAGGUCGUCGUCUCGCAUUGUUGUUAGUGUUAUGGACAGAAGAGAUUUAAAAGAAAAAAAAGUGCAUCAGUUUUACUUUCAGUUUUUUUUCCUUUGAGAAAGGACACACCUAUACCAGAAGAACAAAGACAACACCUGCAAAGACGUCUCGUGUCUGCUGCGCUUUGUCUGUCCGAGGCUCAUGGAGUGUUCGGCUCACCAUUCCGCUUUUGACCAUUCACUAGGCUCCUGGUUUUGGAAGGGACCCCCUCCCCCCCAUUCCCUGGGAAUUGUGCAUGCACACUUACUCCUCCCCAACCGGACCCCACUCUCACUCCACCCUGUGUUUGUUCUUUUUCUUUCUUUUUUUUUUUUUGUUCUCUGAUGGCACAGUCCUCCUUUUUAUAUCCAUAUUGAUGUAUAUACACGGUAUAAACACAUAUAGGACAUAUUAGGAACAAAAGGCACCUGUAGAUGUCUUUUACUCACUUGCAUUCAAAGACAGUAUUAUGUAGCUUGAGUAAAGUAUCCAAAUCCGUAGCCUCCAGUAGACGCAGUGGGCAGAUGGACUGAAUGUUGGGAUUAUUAUUAAUAUUAUUAUUAUUAUUUUGGCUAUGGUGCUUAUGAUCUUUCAUUUAAUAAGAGAAGGCUGAAGAUCCCAUUGUUUUAUUUUGUUAUUUUCAUAUUUUUUGUAUAUAUGUAUAAUUUCUUCCAUGUUUAUUUAUUUUGGCAUUUUUUGUUCAUGGUGUCAUUUUAUCAACUCUGUGAAAUCAUCAGUGUUCGAUUCUCUUCAGGCCUGCAGGAGUUGACCGCUGGUGAUUUUGCUGUGAAGGAAGAUUAUUUUAUUACUGCUGAACCAAGGUACGAGAGAGACUUGAAGCUCUAUUCCGGGCGUCUGCGGUGAACUGUUCGUGUGACACAUUCACAUCAGGGGAUACAUUCCGUUGUGUUUUGGAAUCAGACGCUUGUAGCACAUAUGAUCUGAGUCGCUUUGUGUGCGUGCGAAUGUGAACAUGAGCGUGACGUAUGCAUGUUUUCAGUGCAUGUAUGUGUGCGCGCGUAUGAGCGUUAACUUUCUAGUAUCACUUUGUGUCGUUAAAUACGGUACGUUUUUAAGGUAAUGCUGUGUUUUUUGAACCCCUGUUCUAAGUGGCAAAUUACCCUGCACCAUGUAAUACUCCAAUUUUUGCAAAAGGUACUCAUAAAAAAAUCUGUUUGUAAUUUCAUAAUCUCUAUCUUACAACACAGAAGGGAAUGUACAGUCCAGUCACCUUCAGACAAAUUGCAUCUUUAAUCCAAGAGGAGAGAUAUCACCACGAGCGAUAGCACUAAGGGCUUGUUUCCACUCUUGACUGAAGGAUGGAAUGGAAAAUAUCACUGCUUUCAUCUUUCUGUUUUGCGCAAGAACAACUAAGGACAUAUCCCCCUCCUCCGUCUUUUCAGUCCUCUAGCCGCUCUUCUCCUGCCCUUUGUGCACACAGUGAUGGAGCUUCAGUCCCUGCGGCUCUGAAAUCAACACUUACCUUUUUGUCUAGCUCUACAGCAGUUAGCAUCUCCUUGCUUCCACAUUUGUACUGAGAAUAUAUAUAUAUAUAUAUAUAUAUACAUAUAUAUGACUCUGCAUCCUUAUGGCAACACAACCCCCCCCCUUCUUUUAUGUUGCAUGAAAACCUCAUGCGAGGACGUCAUGAUUGUCCCCCUUUGCUUAUAUUGAUGACAAAUAUACUUAUGUGUUUGAAA